AUGAGCCAAAAAUAUGGGGUGGUACUAAAUACGACACGAGCAAUACGUACAAACAAAAUCUCGAACUUGCUAAAAAUUUGGAAGGAUUUUCUUUUUCCCUUUAUACACACUUAUGGAAGCAAUAUAUUCUUUUUUUUUUUCUUUUUAUAUUGUAUAUUCCUUAAGAUCAUUAAUCAAUUAUCAAUAGAAUCUAGGCUCUUCAUUAAACAAACUAAUGAUCAAAAAAUUUCAAGUUUAAGCGAAAAAAUACAAUCUUCUAUAAAUUUACUACAAAAUCCAACUGAUUGCUUCACAGCGAAGAUUUUUGUUUGCCCAGUAAGUAAACUGGGCAAUUUAUAUAAAAAUAUUUUUUUUCUUUUUCGACGCAAGAAAGCGGUGUUGGUUGGGGAUUUGGUGUUUUGCUGCAUAGGCUUCGGUAAAUUUUUGAUAUUUAAUUUUAUUAAGUUACUAUUUAAUAGUUUCUGUUUUAUUUUUGCUUUUAAAUCGGGAAGAACGGUAGUGUUUACUAAUGAAACAAUUCGAGUUGUUAAUAACCAAUAUGAUGUAAAAUGGAAUGAAUUAUUUAAAACAGCAUCAAAAUGUUCGUAUACAGAACAUGUAAAGUGUAAAAAUUCUUCAAAACUUUUGUGA